AUGUUUGCACGGAUGAAUGCUGGUGCGGAUGUAAGAUCUAUUUUGAAUGAAUACUUUCAAAAAUUCUUGGUCACAACAAGUAAUGGAGGAGUUUACCACACCAAUCCUUACUACGACCAAACAAGUUUAGGACUGAUCAUAUCAAGAUGCAAAGCUAGAAAGACUGGUUCCGACUUAAAGGGAGUUGCUUGCAUCGAUUUCAAUGUUUAUGAUUUGUUUUCUGAAAUUGAUUUAUUUGAUUUAUACUCAAAUAUGUAUCCAUUUCUGGUUAAUUCUGAUGGCAAAGUAAUUCUACAUCCAUAUCUAAAUCCACCGUCCGAAAAAUAUCGGGAUCCAUUCCUUCCUGAGAUAUCUGAUUUGGAACAAGAGGACAAUGGCAUGAACAUUAAGGAAUUGGAAAAAUGUAUUAAAGAAAAGUUGGAUAAUCAAUUUAGCUUGAAACAGCAAAGAUACAAAAAUAAGUUAUUAAUUUCAUCAGAAAUAUUCAUUGUGAAAUCGUAG